AUGGAAGACUGUCGCGGCAAAGCGACGAUAACCAAACAACAGCACUUCGAGCGGAGCGACGGCAAGACAGUGCUCGUCUCAGUUCCGUCGCGCUGGCAGAUCAAAGAAGAUCCACAGCGCGUUUCACAUCUGCAGCGCGAGCUCAAUCCAGAGUCCGCCAUUGCAGUUGUCAAAGCAACUUAUGAAGUCGUCUUCUCUGCCUCGAAAAAUAUGGACGAGCACGCGCACGAGUUCUGCGGCAAGUUCAAAUUCAGCAUUUCUUCUUCCGACUUUAAACAAAGACACCCAAGUCUGUCCCGUCGUCAAGGAUCUAGACUCGGGAACGAUGUGAGCACCGUGGCUUCACUUCUCUCUGGCGAUUUCUCCUCUUCCUUGUCGAAGACAGGGAGCAUUUCUCGAUCAAAGUCCUCGUUGAUUUCAAUGGAUUCAAAGGGCCCAUCGAGACAGACAUCCGACAUCAGCAUUCGCUCGGAGAACUCGCAGUCGCACUGUUCCACAUCGACGCAUCGACCUGUGAUUAAGCAACCUCUCCAUCCACAGAGGCAGCAGCAGGCGAGAUACGAGCACGCUAGCUCUUCCGAACGUCUCGCUCAGGGAAGACGUCACUGGCCGAAGCCGAUAAGGCCGAUGCAAUUCCGCUCGGACUCGUUUCAAUCGCACCUGAACGAAAGCUCGCGACUCGGGGACACUCAUAAAACGCAAUUGUCGCCCAUUGGCGAUUGCUACCGUGACAAUGAGCUCGGCGGCGAGUUUGGCUCAGUUUCGUCCAACUAUUCAAAACCAAACUCGUGGCCGCGGCUGCCACAUGGACAGGCGCCUCAUUUGCCUCCUACAGGAGAUCCGGAAGUAGAUCGUUAUGCUAGGAGGCUUCACAUCAAUAAACAACCUGUAAAACCACCUCCACCACCGGGAAUGGAAGGAUCAGAGAGCUAUUACGACUCUUCGAAUAAUCUGGAGUGGUCUACUCCGACAACUUCUAGUGGCUGGAACGAUUCGACAAAAAUGGAAACUUGGAAUCCCCAAGCGCACGAAAAUACGAUGCUCGAAUCUCCCUCGUCCAAUGAUCUUAGUUCUGUUGGAGGACUCAGGAUGCCAGACCACGGAUCUACCGGUCAUUUAUCGAGUAAUUCGUUCCACCGGCGAACAAGCAGCUGGAACGAGCACUGGAACUAG